AUGGCCAUCAAUCAACAAUUUGAUUCUACCGCGACUACUCCCCGCCUCAGUAUGGAGCAUCGCGAGCCUGCGAACCAACCGGAUGUGGACACCGAAGCUGCAGCCAAGGAGACCUCGUACAAUCUCCAGGAUGGCAACGACAACGAGACCGACGUUGAGACUGCACAGAACCCACCACUACCAGAGAAGUCCAUUGAGAAGGACCCAAAUCUCAUCGAAUGGGAUGGACCUGACGAUCCCGAGAACCCACAGAACUUCCCGCGCCCUCGCAAAUGGCUCAUCACAGUGACCAUGUCCUUGAUGACGAUUUGGGUCACCUUUUCUAGCAGUGUCUUCUCGACCGCAACGCUGGUGACUUCCAAGGAGUUCGGCGUGUCGACUGAAGUCAUGAUUUUGGGAACAAGUCUGACCGUUUUCGGCUUCGCAUUGGGUCCUCUCUUCUGGGCCCCGUUGAGUGAAUUGUACGGACGUCGUCUGCCGCUGUUCUCGGGCUAUAUCAUCUUCGCCAUCUUUCAGAUCCCGGUGGCCGUUGCGCAGAACCUUCAAACCAUCAUGGUUUGCCGAUUCCUAGUCGGGGUCUUUGGUUGCUCCCCUCUCGCUGUCGUGGGAGGCGCCAUGGCUGACAUUUGGGACCCCGUGGACCGCGCCAUCGCCAUCGCCAUGUUCAGCUCAGCCACCUUCCUGGGCCCCGUCCUCGGCCCCAUUGUCGGUGGCUUCAUUACCGACUCAUAUCUGGGCUGGCGCUGGACUGCCUGGAUCACUCUGAUCGCCUCAUCUUUCUUCGGCCUGAUCGCCCUCAUCAUCGUCCCCGAGACCUACUCCCCCAAGCUCCUGCAGCUACGUGCGGCCCGCCUGCGCCGGGAGACCAAGAACUGGGCUUUACACUCCUUCCUCGACGAACACGAGCCGACCUUCGCCGAGAUCGGCCAGAAGUACCUGCUGCGCCCCUUCAAGAUGCUCGCCCUGGAGCCAAUCCUCGCCUGCAUGACCAUCUACUUGGCCUUGGUCUACGGCAUCCUCUACCUCUUCUUCGAAGCCUACCCCAUUUCGUUCAACGAAGUGCGCGGCUGGAAGAGCUUGGGCGUCGCCGCCCUCCCCUUCAUCGGCAUCAUGAUCGGUGUUAUCUGCGGCGCUGCCCUGAUUAUCUACACCACCAAGACCCGCUUCGCCCGCAAACUGGCCAAGCACGGCAGAGUCGUCCCCGAGGAGCGUCUCGUGCCCAUGAUGAUCGCCUCCGUCUUGCUGCCUAUCGGCCUCUUCUGGUUCGGGUGGACCUCCAGCCCGCACAUCCACUGGGCGCCGCAGGUAAUUGCCGGUGUGCCCAUCGGCCUGGGCAUCCUGGUUAUUUUCAUGCAGGGGCUGAACUACAUCAUCGAUGUGUACAUGAUGUUUGCCAACUCUGCCAUUGCAGCGAACACUCUGAUUCGUUCUGUGCUCGGCGGUGCGUUCCCCCUCUUCGCAACCCAGAUGUACACCAACCUGGGUGUCGACUGGGCCUCCAGCGUGCUGGGUUUCAUUACCGCCGCGAUGAUUCCUAUUCCCAUCCUAUUCUUCGUCUAUGGCGCUAAGAUUCGUGCUAUGAGCCGCUUCAGUCCUAAGUUCUAA